AUGGCUUCCCUGACCAGCAUUGUGCAGAGUCAAAUCAAAAACCUUAUUAAGGGCAAUUACUUCAAACGUUCUACUCCUCCCGUUAAAAAGAUGAGCUGCAACGCCGACAUCACGAGAGCCGUCGCCGACAAAUUGGAUGAAGGUGACAUCAAAGACGCUGUGAGGUUAGCAUCCAGCGACGACACUAUUGUUGCCUCCACGGUUGAGAACAAGGCCCUACCAGCAGUGCGACCCCAACACCUGAAGGAUGCCACCUAUCCCCUCACAAACGAAGCAGGUGACCACCAGCCGGAAAUCCACCAACACCACAAUUCAAACAGCAAAGAAGUGGCAGACCACAAGUUCUUCUUUCAUCGCGUUGAGAAAUCCGUCAACGAGUUGAUCCGUCUUGGUGUAGACAUCUUCGCUCCCCACGAGUCUUUCAAGGGAAGAGUCAAAGAACUUCUUUUGGAGAGAACUGGGAAAUUAGUUCUUUCAUCAUCAUCAUCAUCAUCAUCAUCAUCAUCAUCAUCAUCAUCAUCAUCAUCAUCAUCAUCAUCAUCAUCAUCAUCAGCAUCAAUCAAAAUGGAAAGACUUUGA